CUAUCCUGGGAUGUAUCUCAUGGUUGAGGAUGUGCAUGGGCAUGAGGGUGAUGUGGGAUCUGUGGGAAAGGUUGUGAUGCACCCUCUCACGCACUGGGUGAUUGAUUCGGGUUGCACCAGUCACAUGACUCCACGGGCAGAUUUGCUUGAUGAGGUAAAACCCCCUGGGAAGAUCAAGUAUGUGGCAGCAGCAUCAGGUGCUUUGCUCCCUGUCAUUGGUGUUGGGAAUGCCAAGGUUAAGGGAGCUAAUGGGGAGCUUGUGGGGCUUGGGAAUGUUCUGCUGGUUAAAGGCUUGUCUGCUAACCUUCUCUCUGUGCGGCGACUGCAGAAGAGUAAGGCCGAAGUGACCUUUGGACCAACCAGCUGCCGUGCAAAGCUUGGGAAGAAGGUGCUGUGGAGUCUGGAAGAGGAGACCAGCUGCAUCAAGGACCUGUGGCAGCUGCCCAUCAUCCCAUGGAAUGGGAAGACUCCAACAGCAGCAACGACAGCAGCGGCAAAGGCAACAGCAGGAGGAGAUGCAACUGCACCAACUGAUGGGGUCCUGGAAGCAGUCAAGAAAGUGCAGCAGCAGCAGACACAUGGUGAGGUGCUUGCUGGUGUGGAUGCGAGUGCGGCAUGGGCUAAGGCUUCAUCAAGGAGUGGAGAGGCCGAUUGGGAGACAUGGCAUGAGAGGCUGCGUCAUGUGAACUUCCCUAUGCUGCAGAAGUUGGUGAAGGAUGGGAGCCUGAAAGGAUUGGAGGUAAAGGGGGGAUUGAAGGAGAUUGGGAGCUGCCCUACAUGCUUGGAGACCAAGUUCUCCAAGUUCCCCUUCAACAGCACUACAGGACCAGCCAAGACCCCACUUGCACUUGUGCACAUGGAUGUGGUGGGGCCCACAAGAGCCCCUUCCCUCUCAGGCAGCCGCUAUUUCUUGACAAUUGUGGAUGACCACACUCGGGCAGUGUGGGUUUACCCUUUGAAGAGCAAGGGGGAGGUGGCAGCGGCUGUCCUUAAGGAGUGGAUGCCGAGAGCUCAGAGGGAAUGUGGACACAAGGUGAAGGUGAUCCGCAGUGACAAUGGUGGGGAGUUCAUUGGAGCUGAUUUUGAGGGGGAGUUGAAGAGGAAGGGGAUCCAGCAUCAACUGACACUCGCCAAGAAUGCUUGUCUGCAUGGGCUGACAAAACACAUAAGGCCUAAGUGGCAUUGGGUGAGGAGACUCCUUGAUAAGGAGGUGCGGCUGGAGAUAGUGAAGACCCAUCAGCAGGCAGCAGAUAUUUUCACCAAGCGUCUGGCGGAGGCGGAUCAUUGGAAGGGCAUGAAGCUUGCUGGGAUGAGUGUGCAUUGAGUAUGCAUGCUUGAGAUGUU